AACUAAGGGAUAUUUUUUUUCUUAAUUUCCCCUGUUUUUUUAUAUUGGGCAGUCAUAAGUUUUGUGAAACCACAUUAAAAUCCAAUCCAACAAAAUGAAAAGAGCGAAAUAUCAAAACGCAACCUGUCUAGAACCGUAGCUAAGCUUCUCUGAAUCUCUGGUCCAUCUGCUGCUUCCAACAUGUCUUCCAUACAAACCCAAUAUACCCUCAGAAUAUCUCCACAGCAAUACCAAAAUGCGCUCCAAAUCCCUCACCAGAUUCUUCACCUUUUCUGCAAAACCCAUCUUUCGAUCUCUCUGCACUGCUUCUGCAACCUCCUCCGCCUCCGGGAAUCGAACCCCGCAACUUGAGCGCAUUGCCGACGAGCUCCUCAACCUCACCAAGCUCGAGAGGCACGACUAUGCUAUUCUUUUCCGUCACAAAAUGAGCCUCCAUUGAUAUGGCCCCGCUCUUUCUGGUACCGUUUUAUCAGGCCCAGCUGCCCCUGGAUCCGCGAUGGCGGAGGGCAAGCCGGCGGCAGAGAAGACGGCGUACAACAUUAAGCUGGAGAAGUUCGAUGCUGCGGCAAAGAUCAAGAUUAUAAAAGAAGUUAGGACCUUUACAGAUUUGGGUUUAAAGGAGGCUAAGGAUUUAGUGGAGAAAGUGCCUGUGAUUUUGAAGAAGGGGAUCACUAAAGAGGAGGGCAAUCCCAUUCUUGAAAAGCUCAAAGAAUUGGGAGCUACUGUGGUACUGGAAUGAAUAUCUCCCUCUUUUGCUUUUUUGGGUUGUCUGUAAUUUUUUGUUCUGAUGUAGAAUACUACAAUCUUUGGCAUAAUUGAUAAAUGGAAAUCAUUAUUGGAGUACUUACUUGACAAGGUGGAUUAAUGGUUUUCCUGGAAUUUUUUUUCCC